CGCACGUGAGAGACUGGAGUAGUAUUGCACUCACUCACACAGAGGAAAAACCUUGCCUAACUAAGCAUAAACAUUUCGACACUUUGGAAGUUUCCCUCUUUGCAUUGCAGACUAUAGCAUGUCAUCAUUCCUCAGCUUGUUGUUAUCUUUAUUGUUCAUUCUAAUCUAACAACGCAAGAAGGGUCUUCCAACUCCUAAUUUUUCUCCCCUGCAUUGCCAAUUUUACUACUCAUCCGAUUUAGGGUCACUUCUGCCAUACUACACACAUUGAAAAUGGCAACAACAUCGUUUUCUAGCUUGCAAAUUGCAAUGUCAAGAUCAUGCAUUCCUUCAUCACAAAGAAUUGCCGAUGCGAGCACUGUGGUUUUUGGUGGCAAGUCCAAGGUUGGAUCAUGGAAUAAAUUUGCAAGUGCAUGUCAUGUUGCAUCGGUGCAGCCCUUUCAACGGGGCUUUACGUCAUCAUCCACAAAAUCUAUCAAAGUUACAACGAAGGCAAUGUCCGAGUCUAGUGAAAAAAGUCCAAUUUCAGGAUUGCCAAUUAAUUUGAAAGGUAAAAGGGCCUUUAUUGCCGGUGUGGCUGAUGACAAUGGAUAUGGAUGGGCAAUUGCAAAAUCUCUUGCUGCAGCAGGAGCCGAAAUUCUUCUCGGCACAUGGGUACCUGCACUGAAUAUCUUUGAGUCCAGCUUACGACGUGGGAAAUUUGAUGAAUCACGCGUAUUACCCGAUGGAUCAUUGAUGCAAAUUACCAAAGUUUAUCCCUUGGAUGCUGUUUUUGACAAUCUUGAGGAUGUACCAGCAGAUAUAAAAGCAAAUAAGCGCUAUGCUGGAUCCAGCAAAUGGACAGUUCAGGAAGUUGCUGAAUCUGUUAAGGAAGACUUUGGCAGCAUAGACAUCCUUGUGCACUCACUUGCCAAUGGACCAGAGGUGACCAAACCACUGUUGGAGACAUCUCGGAAAGGAUAUCUUGCUGCAUUAUCUGCAUCUAGUUACUCCUAUGUUUCCUUACUCAAGCAUUUUCUUCCAAUCUUGAACCCAGGUGGAUCUUCACUCUCUCUCACAUACAUCGCUUCAGAGAGGAUCAUUCCUGGAUACGGUGGCGGCAUGAGCUCUGCAAAAGCUGCACUAGAAAGUGAUACACGAGUGCUUGCUUUUGAAGCUGGUAGAAAGCGCAAAGUUAGAGUCAAUACUAUAUCUGCUGGUCCGCUAAGAAGUCGUGCUGCUAAAGCAAUUGGAUUCAUUGACAUGAUGAUUGAUUAUUCAAUAGCCAAUGCACCUCUACAGAAGGAGCUAUCAGCUGAGGAGGUGGGAAAUGCAGCUGCUUUCUUAGUGUCACCUUUAGCAUCGGCUAUCACGGGUACGGUUCUAUAUGUUGACAAUGGUCUGAAUGCUAUGGGCGUAGGAGUUGACAGUCCCAUAUUUGAAGACCUGAACAUUCCCAAGGACCAGCAUUAAGUAGCAAGUCUCACUCCUUACUCACUGCCCGUCUAAUAGUAUGUUUAGAAAUAUGGUGGUAUGGUGCUGAACGCACGUUGACCAACUUCUCCAAUAUGUAGCUUUUGUACGAACGUGAGUUGUGAUCGUGGAAAAAUUGUUUUUCAAACACACACUAAGAUAAUGUAGUCUCCACUGAGUAUUUGGUUUGCUUUUUUGUAGGCUAUUUUUUUGCAGUUUUUGUCUUGUAGACUUUAAACCUUUCUAUCUAUUUGUUAUGUGUUCAGAAGUGUAGGUCAUAUAUUUAUGAACGGAAUAAAAACGUUUGUUCUAUGGUUUUAUUGGGAUAUA